UCCAAGAAGAAGCUGAUACGUUGUCCACGGAAUAUCCCGCUGGGUUUGCAAUUUACUGAGUAUUUAAGACGUACCUGGCUUUCAUUAAAAAAUAAUAUUUCUGUGUCUAUACAGACAAAUAAUUUUAUGGAAAAUUUUCAUUUUGAAAUCUUUCGCAAAUUUGAUAAAACUCAUACCAAUGUUUGGAAUUUUCUUCACAAUUUAAAAGGUUUCAUCGCUGUUCAGGAAAAAAAAAUUGCAAUACUGACAGAAGGCCGUACUGUAAAGAGAACACGGGUUCGGUAUGACAUGAAUCGCGAUAAACGCAUUACAGAGGCGCAAUCUUUAUUAUCUUCGGGAAGAUAUUCGUUGAAGGAGUUUCUUUUGGCGCUGAGCAAUAUAGUACAGUUACUUGAAGAGAAUAUUGAUUUACAAAACGAUGUGGAUAAUGAUAUAGACCAAGAAAUAAUAGACGGAAAUUUUAUAAACCACUUUGCGCGCGAUGCGGUUAUAGAUUCGCAAAACAAUAUAGAUAAUGAUAUAGAUCGAGAAAUAAUAGAAGACAAUUUUUUAAAUGACUUUGCGGGCGGUUCGAUCACAGGUAAAUUCUAUAUUCUUCUAAUAAUUUAG